AGUACCCACUACCACUCGCUCUCCAAGUUCGCUGUCCUGUCUCCUCCACCGCCACAAAUGGCCGAAACCACCGUCUCGUCCACCACCACCGCAACCCCAACCCCCCCUCCCCCCCCUCUCAAGAUAAUAGCUGGAGCAGACGCUUUCGGCUGCUCCCUCAAAGACACACUGGUCUCUCACCUCCGUUCGCUCAACAUAGAAGUAGAAGACCUCGGCACUUCCUCCUACUACUCCAUCGCCGCCGAGGUGGGCCGCCUUGUCUCCGCUGCGUCCACUACCCCAUCAUCCCCAACCCCAGAAAUCCGCGGCCUUGUCGCGUGCGGCACUGGUGUCGGUGUCUCCAUCUUUGCCAACAAAUUCCCUGGCGUCUUCGCUGCAACCUGCCUUUCCACUGCAGACGCCGCCAACUCCCGAUCCAUCAACAACUCCAACGUCCUUGCCGUCUCCGGCAUGGCAACAUCCCCGGACUCCGCCAUAGAAAUCCUCGACACUUGGCUUAAAACCCCUUUUAAGUCUCCUUGUCCCGCUUCGAACUCUGCUCCAUGGGGGGAAGAAAUAGAAUCCUUCUUGGACAAUUCGCUCAGCGAGAUGCCUGUAAUUGGUGCAAAAAUUUCUGAUCCUAAACAACAAGAGGAGGGAAGUAUAAACACAAGCGCGUGCGCACUCUGCUGCCUGGUGAAAAACAGAAAAUUAGACCCCAUCGAGAUUAUUCCUGGCGGGGCAAUGAAGAUAGUUAGAGAGAGUCCGACAUCAGCUAUAGUAAGUUUCAAAGCAGGGAGUGUAGAGCCUGCACAUCAUCAUACAUUUGGGCAUGAUUUGGUGGUGCUAAAAGGGAGUAAAAGGGUGUGGAAUUUGAGUAAGAAAGCAAAAUAUGAUCUGGUUGUUGGCGAUUAUCUGUUCACACCGGCCGGAGAUGUGCAUAGAGUGAAGUAUUUUGAGGAUACUGAGUUUUUUAUCAAGUGGGAAGGGAAAUGGGACAUUUUCUUUGAUGAAGAGAUGGAGGUUGCUAAGAGUGAAAUUGAGAAGGAAGCAGAGGAUGGGUUUGAGUUGGUAAAGUAAGAUAACAUGUGUGAUUUGAACUGGCUUGAGCUUGAUAAUGUCUUUGUGCCUCUGGUAUGUCAUGGUGGUUAAUGAUCUUUUGCCUUGUUAAUUUUGAUGUGCGGCUGUGUGUUAAAGAACCAAUAAAAAUGAUGAAUCAAGCUUUUGUUUUGAAUAA